AACAAUUCCAAGCUUCCUCUCUACUUAAUCACCAUAUCAAAUCUCUGCCAAUCAUGUCAGACACCACACAAUACAAGCAACCCUUAUAUCUCCGAUGUGAGAUGAAAAAGAGCGAGCAUCGUGCUGCUCUUACUCCAACAACUGCAAAGAAGCUCAUCAAUGCAGGUUUUGAAAUCACAGUCGAACGUGAUCCUCAAAGAAUCUUUGAUGAUGAAGAAUACGAACGUGUCGGAUGUACUUUGGCUCCUCAUAAUACUUGGGAAUCCCUUCCGCCAAAUGUGCCAGUGAUCGGUUUGAAGGAAUUACCUGCACCCGGACCUCCAAUUCGUGCAACGCAUAUUCAAUUCGCACAUUGUUUUAAGAAACAAGCAGGAUGGGUAGACGUCAUUUCCCGAUUCAAGCAAGGAGGCGGUAAACUGUACGAUCUAGAAUUCUUGGAAGAUGCAAGUGGAAGAAGAGUGGCCGCUUUUGGCUGGCAUGCCGGUUUUGCAGGUGCUGCUUUAGGUUUAUUGUCUUUGGCAGAACAAGUACAAGGCAAGACUUUAGGCCCUCAAACUAGAUACCCUAAUGAGAACGAAUUGAUCGAUCAUGCAAAGAAGCAAAUUGAAAUCGUCAAAAAGUCUCGUCCGGACAAUCGCGUCAAGGCAUUGGUUGUGGGCGCUUUGGGCCGCUGCGGUCGCGGAGCGAUCAACUUCUUGGAACGUGCAGGCGUUCAAUCUGAUGAUAUCGUUCGUUGGGAUAUUCAGGAAACCAGUGCAAAGUCUGGUCCAUACCAAGAAAUGCUCGAUGUUGACAUCUUUGUCAAUUGCAUUUACCUCAACAAGAAAAUCCCACCUUUCCUAUCCAAGGAAUUCAUCGAACAGGCUGGCGAGAAACGUCGUUUGGGAUGUGUAGUAGACGUUAGUUGUGAUACCACAAACCCAAACAAUCCUUUGCCGAUCUACGACAUCAACACAACCUUUGAUGAACCAACCGUUGCAGUUCCUCUUAAGUCUGGUCUCCCAUCUUUGACAGUGAUCUCCAUAGAUCAUUUGCCAACUUUGCUCCCUCGUGAAGCAUCAGAAGGUUUCUCGGAAGAUCUCUUGCCAUCGCUUAUGCAAUUACCGUAUGUCUUGCCAGGAAAUCCAAAGACGAAGGUAGAGGGUGCCGGUAAGGAGGAAGGCAAAGGAGCAGUUUGGACACGGGCAGAGCAACUUUAUCGUCAUCAUUUAGCAGAAGCCGAAAAGGAAGGAGCAUGAGAAAUGUAAAAUUGUUAUUUAUACAAAAUAGAUGAGAUGAUCAUGAUA